CCGAAAAGCGAGAAUUCCUCCAAGCGCACCAUUCUCACAGGAAAAUGUGGGCUUGAAAAGAUCCAGAUGCUUUAUCGACAGCACCGAUCCUCUGAUCUAGCCCUCAAGUGCGGGACUGGCGGUAGGAAAGCUACCCCCUACUUCCCCACAUGGAGGCGCUUCCAGACUUGUCGAUUCCCUGUCAGAUACUACCUCAGAAUGGUGGGGGGGGGGGAGACUGCGGGCAGGAGUGGUAUAAACCAAGCUACCCCGCUUGAGGAUAUCUGAACUGGACAGGAAACACGACAAAGGAUAUCAGCAAAGAUAAAUACCAUUGAAGCAUCGAGAAACCAAAAGUUCUUGACAUCGCCAUACUUCGAGAAAGCAUCAACAGUUUCAGACCAAAACCCACCCAUGUCUCUCCACUCCGGAGUGCGGAGGACACUCCGCCAAGCCCUCGUCUCCACACGCCAGCAUUUACACCACCAGACAACACCAAAACGGACAUCACCAAAACAGACAACACCAAAACAGACAUCACCAAAACAGACGUCACCAACAUCAUCCUCCCCAGUCCGAUUCUUCAGCUCCUCCCCCAGAACACCACUAAAAGACGAAGAAGGAACCUCCGGAAAAGAAGGCCAAUACGCCCGAACAGACCACACCAUCCAAGUUUCCUACCCCGGCCCAGCCUCCACCCAACUCCCCCCAACGGACAAUCUCGUCAAAGGGAUCGGCCAUGGAGGUGUCCCUACACUGCCUACCUUUUCCCUCCAGGGCAAAGUAGGUGUCGUGACCGGUGGUGCGAGAGGCCUUGGGUUAGUGAUGGGUCAAGGGAUGGUCGUAAGCGGCGCCUCGCUCGCCAUCGUAGACCUCAACAAGGAAGAAGCCACCAAGCAAGCCUCCCUCAUCCUCGAGACUUUCAAGCGGGACAACCCCUCUUCAGACCAAAUCCCCACCAUCACAGCCCACUACGCCGACGUCUCGGACCCCUCCUCGGUCCAGGCCUGCAUUCAAGAGGUCAUUUCUGCUCACGGCAAGAUCGAUGGCCUUGUCACCUCGGCCGGGUUCACCGAGAACUUUGAGGCGGUUUCCUACCCUUUUGAUAGGGUCCGGAAGCUGUGGGGGGUGAAUGUGGACGGGACUUGGCUGUUCGCUACCGAGGUGGCGAAACAUUUGAUCGAGAGGGGGGCAAAAGGGAGCAUGGUUUUUAUUGGGAGCAUGUCUGGAGCGAUUGUCAAUGUGCCGCAGCCGCAGGCGCCGUAUAAUGCGGCAAAGGCGGCCGUGAGGCAUAUGGCGAGCAGUCUGGCGGUGGAGUGGGCCAAGUAUGGGGUGAGGGUGAAUGUGAUUAGUCCGGGGUAUAUGCUGACUGCUUUGACUCAAAAGAUUCUCGAUGACAACCCGGAUUUGAAGGAAAAGUGGACGAGCUUGAUUCCGCAGGGAAAGAUGGGCAAGCCCGAGGACUUGAUGGGCCCGGUGACGUUUCUGCUGUCGGAUGCCAGCAGCUAUGUUACGGGGGCGGAUUUGAGGGUUGAUGGGGGGUAUACCUGCACUUGAAAGGUUCAUCAUCCAUGGAGUGAUUGAAUUUGUGUUAGAGAAAUGGGAAUGUAAUAUCAUGUCAUGACAUGAGAUAGAAUAGGGGGCGUUUAUAAAAGAGCGAGCAUAGAAGUAUGCAGCCAAAUUGGAUUUAAUCAAGUUCACUCAUUUGUUUACUACUU